AUGUCAGAACGAAAGGUGCUCAACAAGUACUUCCCUCCCAACUUCGAUCCCUCAAAGAUCCCAAGACAAAAACGUCCCAAAGAUCUGCAACACAAGGUGCGUUUGAUGGCGCCCUUUUCAAUGCGAUGUGAAUCCUGUGGCGAAUACAUUCAUAAAGGCAAAAAGUUCAAUGCACGAAAAGAAACGGUUGAAGGUGAACAGUAUCUAAGUAUCAAGAUCUUUCGAUUCUAUAUUCGGUGUCCCCGAUGCUCGGCUGAAAUCACCUUCAAAACGGAUCCAAAGAACACCGAUUACGUUGCAGAGCAUGGUGCAAGUCGUAACUUUGAACCAUGGCGAGACGCGGAUGGUGAUGAGGAAGAAGAAGAGGAAGAGGCCGAAGAUCCUAUGGCAGCUUUGGAGAAUCGUACACUUGACUCCAAGAGGGAAAUGGAGAUUUUGGAUGCAUUGGAUGAGAUUCGAUUACGCAAUGCACGAAGUCAACGAGUGGAUGUCGAUGAUGUAUUACAACGAUUCAGCUAUAUCGACAAGGAAGCACUGGAAUCUCGGUUAAAGCAAGAGGAAUUGGAGGAUGAAAAGGAAGCGAGUGAGGUUUUCCAAUCAGCUGAUGGUGAAUGCGUACGCAAAUUGGCCGAAGGUGAUGAACCCGAUGUCUUUUCUCUCGUUGCAUCCAAAAAGGCUGCCAUGGCAACCACCACCACUCCCAACAACAAACCAUCACAACCAUCAUUGGUCGCAGCUGUUAAACGCAAAGCAGAACAACAACAGCAACUUGGCAUCGCCGUCAAACGCAAAACGAAUAAUAACAACACACCAUCACCAUCACCACCACCAAAAUCAAAUGGCAACGGCAAACCUGCCACUGGAUUAUCCAUGCUCGCAUCAUACGACGAUUCGUCAUCAGAGGACGAAGAUUAG